AAAGAAGAAGAGCAGUUCCUAACCCAACUAUUAUUUGUCAAUCAAUUUCUUUCAAAUAAAAUUUUAGAUAAAUAAAAAAUCAUGUUACAAAUCCGGAAUAAUGCAUUAUUGUUAUGUAGGCUGUGUGUACAAAAACGGAGUUUUUCGUUUACUUCUCAAAACAACCUAAACCAAAAAUACCGCAAGGAAAAGAAUUUGCCCCUGAAUCCCAAUGCGUCCGGAAUCUUAACAGACGGUCCCGAUUUUAGUUAUUUAGACGGUCGUUUAACUCCUUUAACUCAGGGUCAAAAAAGGAGAGUAUUGGGACAGGAAAAAGUAAAGAGGCAGAUUAUCAGUUUAUCAAAAGAAAUCGAUUUUGCUGUGGAAUAUCACAAACAAUUACAGGACAAAGAAGCAAAGGAAAAAGCGCAAAUAUUAGAGAGAAAAUUGAAACCAAAAGGUGUAGAGUUGCUGAAAUCAGAAUGAAAUAUACACAUUAGUUUAUGUUGUUAGGAUAGAUUUGAAAAUAUAAAAAAGUUAAGUAACAUAGA